AUGGCUUCCCACACAAGUAUAUUACCGCCUACCACCCCUAUUCUCCCUCGCCCUGACUCUCCGGAUUCAUCAAUAUUCGCCCCUUCUCCCACUCCCUCAACCAACCUGGUCCCUCUCAGCAAGUUCCCAAUGGACAAGUCCGAGCCAGAAAUCCAGCCAAGUCCGAGCCGAUCCAGGAAAAGGCUUAUUAUCAUAAUUAUCGGCGUUAUGGCGGUAUUGAUAACCACCCUCAUAGUGACGCUUGUGCUGGUAUUGGAUCGCAGGGGUUCGGCAAAGCCUACGCACGGUCAUGGUAAUGCUCAUGGCCCUGUUGUCGAACUUGACUAUGCGAAAUAUAUGGGUACUCCAGGGGGCCAUGAUGUUACAAGUUGGCUUGGAAUUCGCUAUGCUGCGCCGCCAGUAGGACAGUUGCGAUUUGCUGCUCCGCAGGACCCCAAGAAGGAAGCAGGAAUUCAGCGGGCAAACGAUCGCGGACCACAUUGCAUUUCUACCGGCACCAAAAGUGGCCCUAGGACGUCUGAGGAUUGUUUGCGCCUGAAUGUUUUUGCGCCAACAAGCGCGGGCCCCGAUUCGAAGCUACCUGUGUUCUUCUUUAUUCUGGGAGGCGGGUUCAACCUAAACAGUGAUCCGUUCCUCAACGGUACUGGCCUAAUAACAGCCUCAGAGCAAAAUAUGGUAGUCGUCACUUUUACCUACCGUGUGUCGUUGUAUGGAUUUUUGCCAGGGGAGGAGAUACAAAAAGGCGGCAGUUUAAACAAUGGGCUGAAGGACCAGCUGAAGGCGCUGCAAUGGGUCCAAAAAUAUAUUUCAAAGUUCGGCGGUGAUCCAGACCACGUAGUGAUAGGAGGCCACAGCGCUGGCGCGGCAUCAGUGGCACAUCUUUUGACAGCCUAUGGUGGCCGCGACGAUGGCCUGUUCCAUGGAGCCAUAGCUGGAUCGCCUUCGUUUGGAACGACUCUCACCAACAAGCAAUCCCAGUAUCUCUAUGACGGACUAGUGAAACGAACGGGAUGCGACUCCCACCACGACUCUCUAGCCUGUCUUCGAAAACUUGAUGUCAACAAACUCCAGGCUCAAAACAUCGGGAUUGGACUACCUGACUCUAGCGGACCACCCCUCUUUUCCUAUAGCCCCGUUAUAGAUGGCGACCUUAUCCAGGAUUCGUUCUACAACCUGUUCAAUAAAGGUAAAAUAAUCGAUGUUCCAACGAUAUUCGGCAGUGAUGCAAACGAAGGAUCAAUUUUUGCCCCUCGCAACACCUCAACUCAACAGGAUGGUGACCGUUGGCUUUCGCGACAAUUUCCUGCCCUGAAACCAACUCAUUUUGAGAAAAUUCACUCGCUUUACCCGAAUCCAGACACACAGUUCCGAGGUGCCGGUGCUCACUGGACACAGUUGAGCGAAAUCUACGGAGAAAUGCGCUACAUAUGCCCUGCAAUGUACAUAUCCAGAACCAUGGGCAAAGAUUCCAAAAGCAGCUCCUGGAAUUACGAAUACAACGUCCAAGACCCCCGCUUCGCUUCCAAUGGCUACGGAGCCUCCCAUACGAUUGAACUAAAUGCCAUAUUUGGUCCCUCAUACCUUGGUCGGAAGCCAGCAACUACAUACCUCAGGCCCGCGAAUAGUCCCAUCGUUCCUGUCGUGCAGGGCUACUGGACAAGUUUCAUCCGGUCGUUUGACCCAAAUAAAUACCGAACAACUGACAGUCCCAAGUGGCAAACGAGUUCACCAGACGGCUCGUCGGGAGGUGUAAACAGACUGUACUUCCAGACGAAUGCGACGAGGAUGAUAGUCGAAAACGAACACCUGAAGAAUAGAUGUGAUUAUUUGGAAAGCAUUGGGCCGGCACUUAGUCAAUGA